CAGAAUUCGGAAGGAGUCAGAGAGAGUGCUCUCAAUGUGGCAGCUCUCUGACAAGAAGAAACAAAGAAAAUGACCUUUUAAAAUAUACUAUUCGUUUAUUCCGGACUGUUUAUUUUGGGCUUCGACGUCAUGUGCGGUUUUGCAGCGAUUUUCUCUUUCACCCUAAACAAUUAUUUAUGAAACUGGGUGCUAACAAGCGAGCUACCGAGCUAACCCCGGGCUUUUUGUUUGACAUUACCGCCUGCAGUCUAACCAAAAUUUUAAUUUGAAUUGCUCUGACACCGCGAGAGUGCAUAAAUGGAGCUCGGUAAAUUUCCAAGCGACUUCAGCCCGGUGAGCCUGGAGCUGGGAGAGGGCCCUGAUUCAGUCCCCAGAGUUUCCAGGCCAACUCUGCCCGAGAUAGGGCUAAAGGGCUCCCCCUGCAUCAAAAACCUCUUCUCCCCUGGAAAUACCGCUGUGCUGUCUCCUGUGACCAACCUGACACUCAAUAUGGACAAUCUCGCUGUGCUUGAAGGGCAAUGCGAGACCCCGAAAAGGAAGAAAAUGGAUAAAAAUGUGCCCUUGCUCAAAAUUCCAUCCUUUGCCUCCGACACUUCUUCAGAUGCAGGAUUGGGCAUGGACUCUCCCAGCCCUGUGGACUCGGAAGAUGCGGAGCAGAAGUUUGAACAGGUCAUACAGAAUGCUACCAGAGUCAUAUAUGAAAAGAUGCCCAUUCGCAGGAUAAACUCCUUGCCGCUGCAGUUGCUGGGUUACAGUCCCAAUCUGAAGGUGAAAGAUUCUGACAUUCCUCGUUAUGGAGUAUUUAGUCAGAGCUGCACACUCAACUUGGAAAACAAGGAGAACCUGCAUGAUACAAGUUUUGAGUUUAAGAAGCCCACUAAGCCCGUUUCUCGCUGUCGACUGCGUUCCACUGGGGAUGCAAAGGAAGCUUUUGCUAAUCGGCCCAACUCUGCUCCUGCUCUUAUGUUUUCUCCUACCUCUUCUAAUCAGCUAGCCUCACCAGAAAGUGACAGUCCUUUUACACUGCGACGCACAUCUUUUUCCAGCUUCCCUACUGAUGAUGAUGAUGGCUUUUUAGACGUACUUGAUGAUGUAGAGACGGACUCUGAAGUACCUACAGGAAUGGCCAGUUUGCUUACAGCUCCUCUAGUUGCUGAACAAAGUAUGGCUGUGGAAGUCUCGCCGGUUCGAUGUCGACCACGAGGGCUGUUUCGCUCACCCUCCAUGCCAACAGGAGGUCGUGCUCCUCUUAAAAGACCAGAUAGGCCCAGAGAUGAGAACACUCCUGUACGUGUGAAAAGGAGGAGGAGUGUCGCUGGGUCACAUUUCACAACAUUGGAGCAGGAGGAUCCUUUUCCUCAACAGGUUCAGCGGUCAAAAUCGUUUAAUCAUGCAGAGAUGGAGAGAAUAUUGGACACUGAUCCGAGUAAUGUAAUUGGAGAUUUUACCAAGCCUCCUGCUUUGCCCACAGUAGAUGGAAAACACCAAGACUUAAAAUACAUCACUCCAGAAAUUAUGUGUGCAGCAAUGAAUGGGAAGUAUAGUCAUGUGGUGGAGAAGCUGUUUAUUAUUGACUGUCGCUAUCCAUACGAGUUUGAAGGAGGGCAUAUCAAGGGUGCUCUGAACUUGCAUCAAGAAGACCAGGUUGAGGACUGCUUCUUUAAACAGCCUGUCCUUUCAAAAUGCCCUGAAAAGCGUGUGCUGCUGGUAUUCCAUUGUGAGUUUUCAUCUGAACGCGGCCCACGAAUGUGCCGCUUUGUUCGUGAGAGAGACCGUGUUCUCAAUGUCUAUCCCAAUCUCCAUUACCCGGAACUUUACAUUUUAAAGGGGGGCUACAAGGAUUUCUUUCCCCUUCAUAAGAUGGAAUGUGAUCCCCAGGCUUACAGGCCAAUGCAUCAUGAGGACUUUAAAGAUGAUCUGAGGAAGUUUCGCCUAAAGAGCCGGACGUGGGCUGGAGAACGCAGCAAACGUGACAUGUACACCCGUCUUAAAAAGCUCUGAGGCACAUGUGCUCACUUUUAUAUACUGCCUAAACUCGCUCACACACUGUUCACAUGAUCAGUUAUGUGACAAUGAUGUAAUGAUAUCCAAUAUUGCUCAGGUCAUCUGCCCAUGGUCAAAAAGCACGCUUACUGCCUUAGCUCAGUUCUACACACCUGUUCCUUGUCACAUGUCCAGUGGAUAAUUUUUUUUUUUUUUUUUUUUAAACUCCUUUUCUCCCUCAGUCCAGCUAAAGACCUCAAAGCACUUACAUUUUAGUGUUUAUGGUAGAGAGUGCUCAUUUUGUUUUAUAAUGCAAACUUUUUUUCCCUGCUAAUCCGGGUCUGAGCCAUUUUAUACAGUUAGUUACUACAGUUAUGAGAACCAGACAGUGUUGUAAUGUCCUUACUCAAUUAUGUACAUUCAUGUAAUAAGUCACCAUGAGUGGUUAUUUUAAAGAGGGUUUCUAACUUUUUUGAUAGAUUUUAACAGAUUAGUAUGAAUGACUAGUGCUGUUUAAUUGAGUGUGUGAAAGGCCUGCAUUUGGUAAAUGCAGUCUGUGGAUUCCUUGGCCAUUUUGCACUGCCAAUUUUAUUUUUAUUAUUCUAUUUGCAAUGAUUAUAUCCUCAUUAAGUCCCCUGUAUUUUGAGAUUUAAUGUGAAGGCAGAAAAAAAUUUUAGGAGGUGGGAGCAACUGUCAUGGAACCUGUCUGUGAUUGCGCUCACUCAGGGGGACAGGCUUGGCUGAUUGCUGCAGGUCAGCGUGAGGUGACCUUAAUGUUCACCAAAAUGCCCAGCAAUAAACCUGCAUGUGACUUUUUUUUUUUUUUUUUUUUUUAAAUUAAAUAACAUUGUUAUAAUCCCCUUUUUUCCCCUAAAUGCUAAUGUUCUGUGUGUAAGAUGGUGUAUUGAGUCUGCUUUUGUCCAUGCAUGGCCCUGUGUGAGGUGAGAUCUGUUAACUGCAAUACCAGUGUGAUCUUGGUGGGAGGGGGGGAAUAAACUACUUUAAACUA